GUUUACCCUCGGUUGCCUGGGUGACGGGAGAAAGGUGCAGUGCAGGAGCGGGGAUAACCCCGGGAAAACUGACGUAACCAAACGGAACUCCCCUCACCCACAACCAACAUCCAGAAGACUCAAUAUUCAGCCGGUGGAGGCUGCGGUGAGAGAUAACCUAACGGAGAUGGUUUCAUGUGUGAACGAUGAAUGUGGUUCCGAGACUGUUAACAAACGGAGACGGAAAACCGGCACUUCACCUCCAACAGAAGCGCACACAAUGGUCCAGCAGCGGGACACUGCCCGGCACAGAAAGCAGACACUCAUGUCCAAGUUGAGUGACUCCGGUUUUGAGGAAGACUUGGGGUCCUCGCCGAUUUUAUCCCCGGAGCGGAUAGAUGUGCCCCCUUUCCGCUCAGACGAGCCUCCUGCAGGACAGCUGUCCAACUGGUAUCUCCAGUACGGGGACAUCGGUUUCAAGAUCCAGAGGGAGAAAGAGGCGCAGUUUCAUUCCUGCAAAAGCCUGGCACGCCAGCCACAACUGACUGCCGAGGCCCGGUGUAGGCUCGUCAGCUGGCUCAUCCCUGUACACAAACAUUUCCGUCUGUCCUUUGAGUGCUGCUGCUUGGCGGUAAACAUCAUGGACAGAUUCAUGGCAUCCACACCGGUGGCUGCUGACUGCUUCCAGUUACUGGGUGUAACUGCACUCCUGCUAGCCUGCAAACAGGUGGAGGUGUGCUCACCGCGGAUCAGCCAUCUCUUGUCAUUGUGCUGCGAUGCCUUCACUAAGGAGCAGCUCUGCAACCUGGAGUGUCUCAUCCUCCUCCGUCUAAACUUCCGCCUCGCUGCACCCACCCUGGCCUUUUUCCUGGACUAUUAUACCAACUGCAUUGAGACUGCCCACUUUGAGACUGAGAACACAAGUGGUGACAGGUUUACAAUAAUGAAUCCAGACACAAACAGAACACAGCAGCGCAGCAACCUUGCACAAAAGGUGUGCGAGUUGAGUCUAGCAGACUAUGCUUUCAACAAAUACCCACCAUCUCUGACUGCUAGCUGUGCACUGAGGAUAGCCAGUGAGUUAGUGAAAACUGAACAAGCUCUUGUUGUGCAUGCAACCACUCAGUCACCGGUAGACCAGUGGGGCAGAAUUUUGGAUGAACAAUGUACAGAGCCAUCUGAGAGCCCUCAAAUUUCUGAUACCGACCCUCUAGCAGUAAAGGGCCACUUCCUGUCUGGGAGUCAGGGGAGCUACAACCACAAUCUGGCCCAGGAAUGCAAAGACAACCUGAGGCUGUUGGUGUCAUUAAACCAGGAGACAUUGGAAGUGAUGUAUAUGUGAUUACAAUUAUGCCACUAUGCCAAAUUUCUGUCCACCGGGGAUUUUAUUCUUGGGGUUAUUUAAAGGUGAUGUUCAGAAGUUAUGACUGGUGCAAACCCAUCUAGACCUUAUUUAACCCUUGUCUUGUCUUCCCGUCAAAAUUGAAAAUCAACAAUUUUGUUGACGCUUUUUAUCAGUGUUUUUAACUUUUUUUUGCGUUUUUGUCCCUUUUUCAACACCCAUUCCCUUUUGUCACUUUUUUGAUGUUUUCAACUAUAAGUAACACUAACUUAUUAACGUUAGUUUUAAUUUUUGGA